AUGCGCGAGCUUGUGCACGUCCAGGGUGGUCAGUGCGGCAACCAGAUUGGUGCCAAGUUCUGGGAGGUGAUCGCCGACGAGCACGGAAUCGAUCCCACAGGAACCUAUCAUGGCGAUUCCGACCUCCAGCUGGAGCGCAUCAACGUGUACUUCAACGAGGCGACAGGGGGACGCUACGUUCCGCGUGCAAUCCUGAUGGAUCUUGAGCCAGGAACCAUGGACUCCGUCCGAGCCGGGCCUUUUGGUCAGCUCUUCCGUCCCGACAACUUCGUCUUCGGACAGACAGGAGCCGGCAACAACUGGGCCAAGGGUCACUACACUGAGGGCGCAGAGCUCAUUGACUCGGUGCUCGACGUCGUGCGCAAGGAGGCUGAAG